AUGAAGAGAAAACUCAACGACGCAAUCGCUUCCAGUUCUUCUCUUGGAAGCAUUUCGGAGGGAUACAAAAGUGAUGAUGAAAAGAGUGAUGAUGUAGGAGGGGAAUCAGAAGUGGUAAAUGUAGAAGAAGAUCAUAUGGAUGAAAAAGAGAAUAAUAAUAACGAUAUUAAUUAUGCAUCUUCUCACAAUAUUGCUCCUUCCGAUGGAAAUGAGGAAUUUGAUAUCGAGCAAAUUACUGGAUUUUCAGCUUGUUCAAGCGUUGAAAAUUACGAGUUUUUGAAUAAUAUUGGAAGCGGAACGUUUGGAGUUGUCAGUCGAGGAAAAUGUAAAACUACAGGUGAAAUUGUUGCUCUAAAACGGAUUAAAUUGAUGAAAGACUUUACUUCAAAAGAGGGAUUUCCUUUGACUGCUCUUCGUGAAAUGAACACUUUACUCCAAAUGCGACACGAAAAUUUAGUGUGUGCACGAGAGGUAGUGUGUGGAUCAGAUCUCAACAAAAUAUUUAUUGUGAUGGAUUACAUGGAUCAUACUCUCAAGGAUGUGAUGGAAAGAUAUCGUUUCAGUGUCAGUGAAGGAAAGAGAUUAAUGAUUCAACUCCUUUCUGGAUUGCAAUACAUCCAUGAGGAUUGCUGGCUAAUUCAUCGAGACUUAAAAUCUUCCAAUAUUUUGCUAGAUAAUCAAGGCUGCUUAAAAAUUUGUGAUUAUGGAUUGACAAGAAAAUAUGGUUCUCCAAUUAGGGAUAAUUAUACACCAGUUGUGGUGACUCUUUGGUACAGAGCACCUGAGCUAUUACUUGGAACAAAAAAAUACUCGACUCCAAUAGACAUGUGGAGCGUUGGAUGCAUAUUUUAUGAAAUUAUUACAGGAGAGGUUUUGUUUACAGGAAAGGAUGAAAUUGAUCAAGUUAAAAAGAUUUUCGAGAUACUAGGAAAACCAACUGAACAAGAAUAUCCUGGAUUUACACAAUUACCAGCGAUAAAAAAAUUCAAAUGGCAAAUAGAUAACAUUAAGGGAAGAGCCUCAUUAAUUAAACGUCUCAAGACCCAAUUUCAGUUAUCAGACUCUGGAUGUGAUCUAUUGAACAGGUUACUAUGCUUUGAUCCAGAUAAGAGAAUUACAGCAAAAGAGGCGUUGUCACAUCCUUUUUUCAAAGAAGCCCCUCUCCCUCAAACGAAAGAGAAUAUGCCAUCAUUUCCAUCCUUGCAAACUAUAGACAGCUCUAAACGAAAACAUGCUUCCUCAUCGGAAAGUUUUGACCAUCCUCCACAAGUUUUUCGGUCGGAUGCCAUUGCGAUGGAAAAUGAAUUCAAGAGAUUCAUGGAGCAAUAA